UUGAUCUUUCUCGUUCGCACCAAUGUCACAGGGACUGUCGCGGGAGGUCAUCGUGGAAAAGCUGAGGACCAUCUUCACCGCUCACCGGACGGCAUGGAAGAAGAGGCAGGAGAAGAACAAGAGUCUCACCGGCGAGGGUGACGAUGGCGAUGACGAGGGAACGGAGGCCGAUGCGCUGGAGCAGGCGAGCAUCGUCUGGGAGGCUGGACCGUUGGAGAAGACCUCCAAGGACAAGACGAAGAAGACCUCCACGGACAAGACGAAGAAGGAGCAUACGGCGGCGUCUAAUCGUGCUCGCGACAAGGCCAAGGAGCACCAUGCCCGUUCGAUGCAGAGCACGUCUGGAGCGGGCGCUUCGGCGAAAUCCACCAACGGGAAGGGGAAGGCCAAGGAGAAGGGACGUGGAGCGGUCCGCGAUCAGGACCAGGUGACAACGAAGCGAGCGCGGUCUAGUACGGAGCCCCCGGCGCCAUCGUUUAGGUCCAACGAUGGCGCCGGGGGCUCCGUACUAGACCGCGCUCNUGCCCGUUCGAUGCAGAGCACGUCUGGAGCGGGCGCUUCGGCGAAAUCCACCAACGGGAAGGGGAAGGCCAAGGAGAAGGGACGUGGAGCGGUCCGCGAUCAGGACCAGGUGACAACGAAGCGAGCGCGGUCUAGUACGGAGCCCCCGGCGCCAUCGUUUAGGUCCAACGAUGGCGCCGGGGGCUCCGACGAGUCCGAUUCAUGCACGUCCCGUCAGGGCAGCCGGAGGAGAUCUGCGGUGAGCGUCGGCGACUCUUCAGAUGAUGAUGAAGAAACGGACGUGAUGGACCAAGCGGCGCUAGAUCUGGCAUGCGGAAGGGGUGGGAGGUCCACCCGUGACGGGAAAGGAGGUGGGAAACGCAUGCGUAAAGUUCAGCCCUUCUCCAGCGGGAUGGGCGGUGACCCCGUGUUGAACCAGAUCAUGGACUUGCUGCACUCGAGGGCAAGGGCCGGAUUGGGGGGGCACGGCGAGGGAUCUCCUCCAAUGACCGAGGGCAGGGUCUGCGCCAUCGUGGAUGAACGGGUCGCAGGGGCAGUCGCAGCAGGUUUGAGGCAAGACGGGGCAGAGAGGCAGCAGCAGCACCAACAGCAAUGGCAGCAGCGCCAGCCGCAGCCGCACCCGAGCCCGUUCUACGCCCCGACCGGCGCUUUCCCACCCGCCCAUGGGGCUGCGUUAGGCAUUGCUCCUGCCGGCAUGCCAGGCCCCUCCGUCGUCGUUCACAGCACGAUGUGGCCAGGUACGGCAGGGGGCGGGGGCGCGGCGGUGGGUAUGGCGAGGAGUGGGGUUGGCAUGAGCGCAGCUGGAGGGGCCUCGCACGGACAGAGCUUCGCGGCGCCGAGGGAGGGAAAGACGGGGAUCUCAGAGGCGCAAGAGGUCCGCGGGGGUGCGAGCAGCUCUCUCCCGGGUGUCAGCGGGGCGGAUCCCCCACCAUCGGCGCCGUCGACCAGGCCACCUAACUGUCAACGCGUCAAGCGGCUCGACGAGUAGGACCCGUCACAGCGGCAAGUAGAUGUUUGAUAUUUAUGU